GAGGAAAAUGAACCAGAAGGAGCUUGCUGACACACUGGAGAAAUAUUCAGAUGAUCCUGCUGUGAUUUGCCAACGUGAACUCAAAUCUAAUCUAAAGAAGAAGUUUCAAUGUGUAUUUGAGGGGAUCGCUAAACAAGGAAACCCAACACUUCUCAAUAAGAUCUACACAGAGCUCUACAUCACAGAGGGUGGAACAGGAGAGGUCAAUAAUGAACAUGAGCUGAGACAGAUUGAGACAACAACCAGGAAACAAGCGAAACCAGAGACUGCAAUCAAAUGUAACGACAUCUUCAAACCCUUAACUGGACAAGACAAACCGAUCAGAACUGUGCUGACAAAGGGAGUCGCUGGCAUUGGAAAAACAGUCUCUGUGCAGAAGUUCAUUCUGGACUGGGCUGAAGGAAAAGCAAAUCAGGAUGUCCAAUUUGUAUUUUCAUUCCCUUUUCGGGAGCUGAAUUUGAUGAAAGAGGACAAACACACUUUGAUUGAACUUCUUAAUCACUUCUCAAUGGAAACCAAACAAUCAAGAAUCUCCAACUACGACAAGUACAAAGUUCUGUUCAUCUUUGAUGGUCUGGAUGAGUGCCGACUGCCCCUUGACUUCCAGAAGAACAAGAUCUGUUGGGACGUCACAGAGUCAACCUCAGUGGAUGUUCUGCUGACAAAUCUCAUCAAGGGAAAUCUGCUUCCAUCUGCCCUCCUCUGGAUAACUACCCGACCUGCAGCAGCCAAUAAGAUCCCUUCUGGUUGUGUUGACCAGGUGACAGAGGUACGAGGGUUCAAUGACCCACAGAAGGAGGAGUACUUCAGGAAGAGAUUCAGUGAUGAGGACCUGGCCAGCAGAAUCAUCUCACACAUAAAGACAUCAAGGAGCCUCCACAUCAUGUGCCACAUUCCAGUCUUCUGUUGGAUUUCUGCAACAGUCCUUGAACACAUGUUGAAACAUAAGAGAGAAGAGAUGCCCAAGACUCUGACUGAGAUGUACACACACCUUGUGGUGUUUCAUACCAAACAGAAGAAUGAAAAGUAUCUUGGGAAAGAAGAGACAGGUCCACACUGGAAUAAAGAGAGCAUUCUGUCACUGGGAAAACUGGCUUUUCAACAGCUUGUGAAGGGCAAUCUGAUUUUCUAUGAAGAAGACCUGAAAGAGGCUGGCAUUGAUGUCAAUGAAGCCUCAGUGUACUCAGGAUUGUGCACAGAGCUCUUUAAAGAGGAAUGUGGGCUGUACCAGGACAAGGUGUACUGCUUUGUUCAUCUGAGCAUUCAGGAGUUUCUGGCUGCUGUAUAUGUGUUCCUCUCAUUCAUCAACAACAAUCAGAAUCUAAUGGACAAACUGCAAACAAAGUCCAGUAUCUUUUCUUCGCUGUUCAGAGACAAGCCUGAAGUUACUUUCUACAAGAGUGCUGUGGAUAAAGCCUUACAAAGUGAGACGGGAAACCUGGACCUUUUCCUCCGCUUCCUUCUGGGCCUCUCACUGGAGUCCAAUCAGAAGCACUUACGAGGUCUACUGACAAAGACAAGAAGCAGCUCACAGAGCCAUGAAGAAACAAUCGAGUACAUCAAGGAGAAGAUCGGGGAGGAUCUCUCUCCAGAGAGGAGCAUCAAUCUGUUCCACUGUCUGAAUGAACUGAAUGACCAUUCUCUAGUGGAGGAGAUCCAAAGAUACCUGAGAUCAGGAAGUCUCUCAAACCCCAACCUGUCACCUGCACAGUGGUCAGCUCUGGUCUUUGUGUUGCUGACUUCAGAAAAGGAGCUGGAUGUGUUUGACCUGAAGAAAUACUCCAGAUCAGAGGAAGGUCUUCUGAGGCUGCUGCCAGUGGUCAAAGCCUCCAGAGCUGCUCUGUGA